AUCGACGUGUUCACACCAUUGUGCUCCCAAUCAGCAGGGGGCGAUAUUGCGCUUUCGAACGCAAUUUCACUGAGUGACGCAUGAAGAAGGUUGAACUGUUCGCGGGCUGUAGAGAUGGCAGAGAGCGGAGUAGUUUCAGUGGGAUCUGAAUCCCUCCAUCUGUAUGAAGCACAGUUCUACGGCUUCACCCCAGAGACCUGCACAUUACGAGUUCGUGAUGCCUUUCGAGACUCCCUUAAUCACAUAUUGGUCGCUGUUGAGUCUGUGUUUGUGAAAAGAUUGUGUCCAGGCCAUGAUCCGCCAGCAGAGCUCCGACUGAAAGCUCGAGAAAGCACCCAAAAACUGCGACAGUUUUUACAGGAGCGCUUCGAAGUCAUGUUUCAGCGCAUGAAGGGGAUGCUGAUGGACCGCGUCCUCUCCAUUCCUCACAACGUCCUACUGCCUGAUGACCAGCUGCACCAGAAAUACCCAGAAGGCAAAGAAGAGCUCAUUAAACUGCAGGACUCCAUUGCAAAACUGCAACAGGCUUAUGAAGCCGAGGUGUGCGCCAAGCAAGCGCUUCUCGCUGAGCUUGAGGAGCAGAAAGAAACGCAGAAACAGCUGGAUGAAGUGCUGAGAUGGAUCGAGGAACUGCGUCUUUCGUGGAGGCGAGAGGGAAUGGGAAGUGUCCAAGACAGCAUCCGACACAUGAUGGAGACUGUGGGCCAACUGCAGGACGUCGUUGGCAAGAUUAGCAAGCAAAAUAAAGGACUGGAUGAAGUUUGAUGGUUUAUAUGUAACUUUUGAGACCUCCAUACCACAAGAGCUGUGGUGUAAUAGCAUGAUCCAUCCACCAGGGGGAGGCGGUGCGCAAUCUAUUUGGUACAAUUACAUUAACAUACAAGUGCCAUGAUCAGUCCAGCUUCAAAGCGAUACAUUUGCAAUCAGGCGAUUUUCCUCAGACAUUUGAAAUGCGGUCCAUCUCCUCUUCCUCAAAGUCACUGGGUUUUCUCAUUUACAAUUCAGUGCCUUUGAUGUUCAGUACAGUGAGAUCUGCAUUAGAUUAGCAAAAAAUGUCCCACAGGCCCAAACUGAUGUGUCCAACUGUCUGGUUGGCUUUACACUUUACAGCUAGUUUUAUGUUGUUUGAGGAGAUAUUUUAAGGUAUUUCCCUUGAUGUUCAGAGGAGAAAGAGUUUAAGUUCAUAUUGGCUUGUACAGGACAUAAUCGCCGCCAGAGGAAGAUGUAAAGUUUGUACAUAGUCUGAAUCUAAAAUACAGUACUUGGUCAAGUGUCAAUUUGGACAGCAAAAUGUUAAAAAAAAAAAAAAAAAGACUAUAUAGACUAAUAUUCUUCUUUUGUCCAUGACUGUAAAUAACAAUAAAAUGAUUUGUGUUUG